UAGCCCGACUCACGAAAGACUCAGACUCAUAUCUUUGCUAAUUCCAAGCUGUCAUAGCCCCCUCGUUUCCGAGGAACGCAGAAGCUCGGAGCUCCAGGAGUGGCCUAGGAGUGGUUGCCUGGCGGGUGGUUGGCAUUUUUUGGGAGAUUCUCAAGUCAGUUGUUUGAUCUUUUCUUACCCAAAAAACAGGUUCCGUUGGCAGUCAUGUGCGUUUUUCCCGUGCGAUGUCCUCCCGGGCAGUUGUGGGGUCAGAAAUCGACCGUUUGACACAGACAUGUGCCGAUGACAUGUCUGGGUCAUGAAGGAAGGCAGGUUUGCAGGAAACGGAGUACACACGGUGUAAUUUGUACUUAAAUGAAACAACUAACUCGAGGUAAUUUUGAUAUGUUUGUCUCUCCCACCCUGUUGCUGGGCGACUUUGUUUGCUCAAGCGAUCAGCCGCGAACCUCAGCGCAACAGCAUCCUGCUUGACCGCCAUCAUGGCCAUGAAACUCCUCUUGUCCUUUGUCACAGUUGCCAUUGCAACAGCCGAGUCUACCUUGGAGGCUCUGGAGGUGGACGAUGCAUGCGCAGCCAAUGGAGAUUGCAGUCUGGAGUUGAAUCAACUUCGUGGAAUGAAGGUGAACUACCAUGACGUUUUGAUGUCUGAGGAUGAGGAUGAGGAUGAAGUGACACUUGCGGGCGGAGCAUGCACCAACACCAAGGACUUGGGCGUUUGGAAGGGGGGAGGAAGGACCAGCUUCGAUGGUGCAUUGAACCAAUGCGGUCGCUCCUGUGCGGCAGGCUUCCCUUGCACGCAAGGCUGCAUGCAACAGAAGGGAUACUCGCAGCCAUGCGCAGCCUGCAUGGCGCAUUUGGUGGAAUGCUCCCGCGACAAGUGCAUGAAUCAGUGCAUCAGCAACGACAAGAGCGCUGCCUGCACUGGCUGCGUGAGGAAAGGCUGCCGUCCAAGCAUGAAGAAGUGCAGUGGCCUGAACGCGGGGGGGCACUGAGCAUUUCAGAAGACAGAGCCUCUGACUAUCAAUGGCCCAAUGCGGUCAU